AUGAGAAGGAAAACAACGCAUUUACACCAUUUUAUCAUUGUGGCACUACUGUUCUUUGUGAUAUACAAUAUUGGUGGAGGUACUCUCCACUCAAGGACACACUCAGUGCAGGAAGAUGGGGAACAAGUCGGUACCCCACCUCUGGUGAAGCCAAAGGCUAAGGGCUUAAAGAAAUACGUAAACAAGGUCAAAAAAUGUCCGAAAUACAUGGAUUAUGCAUCGGUCCCACACUUUCGUGAGGAAAGGGGAGAAACGCCGCUCAAUCUGCCUUACCAGCGCCCUCCAGAGAAUUGUCGUACCUUCAAAUCGUCAAUUAUUGAUGAUUUUCUGGAAGCCUUUCUCGUCAGAAUAAAAAAUCCUGAUCUCGCUCGUCUGUUCGAAAAUACCUUUCCCAAUACUCUAGACACCACCAUUCUUUGGCAUGUUACUGCUGAGCAAAAUAAAAAGCUACACAAUCAUAAACUGAAGCAUAUUUCGUACCGAAAUGAGAAACCGGAGACAUUCGUAGUGACAGGAGAUAUUCACGCAGAGUGGCUGCGGGAUUCUGCUUGGCAAUUGUCUACAUAUCAGCCGUUUAUAAGGUACGACUCUAAGCUGCUGGAAUUGAUGAAAGGAGCCAUAAAUCUGCAAGCACAGUUUCUUUUUCAUAAUCCAUACUGUAAUGCCUUUCAUCCUCCAGCGUAUACGCACGUUCAUCGCGGCGAUAGUGCAGUUGAUGACGUUUCUCCUCGUCCGGACUGGAGGCAAGUAUUUGAAUGCAAGUACGAAAUCGACUCAUUAGCAUCAUUUUUGACUUUAUCAAGACAGUUUUAUGAAAAUGCUCCUGAAACUGAGAAGUUUACCUUCAUUGAUGACGAUUGGCUCGUAGCCGUGGGAAGACUAAUAACAGUUUUGUUUCGAGAGUCUGUACCCACUUACGAUGAAAAUGGGGUUGUUAAUCCAUUCUAUUAUAAGUUUCAGCGACACACCAAUAUAGCAUCGGAAACACAACCUUUAGCUGGAACUGGUAAUCCUGUUAAUGGUGGAAUUGGGUUAAUUAGAUCAGCUUUUAGGCCAAGUGAUGACUCAACUGUUUUCCAAUAUUUCAUACCUGGUAACGCACAUAUGUGUGUCGAGCUAGAACAUCUAGCGAACAUACUUAAACACUAUCAUUCUAAGAUAGUUCUUGAAGAGGAAAUAUCAGAAGACGGAAAACAAGAUCAUACAGCGCUUUUGGAACUUAUUGACAAAGCUUCUUCCUUUUCCACGGCUAUCCGUGAAGGAAUUCUUGAACAUGCCAUCUUUGAACAUCCAAGAUACGGACUGGUUUUUGCUUAUGAAAUUGAUGGUUAUGGUAGUUCUCUAUUCAUGGACGACGCAAAUAUUCCAUCGCUUCUAUCUUUGCCCGAUUUGGGCUUUAUCAAUGCUCAUGACCAAGUAUAUCAGAAUACUCGUAAAAUGAUUAUGAGCAAAGACGGCAAUCCGUACUAUAUUCAAGGCAGCCAUUUCCAGGGAAUUGGUGGUCCCCACAUCGGAAUUCACAAUGCUUGGCCAAUGAGUUUGAUGGUAGCCAUUAGAACCACUGACAGAGACAAAGAUAUCGAAGACUAUCUCCAAAGGAUCCUUGAGAGUACUGGCGGUUUGGGCUUAAUCCACGAAUCAAUCCAAGCUUUCACACCUAAUGGGAUGCUCUUUACUAGACCAUGGUUCGCUUGGGCAAACUCAGAAUUUGCAAAGACCAUAUUGAAGUUGGCAGAACAAAAGCCUCAUUUGAUUUUUAAAGAGGAGUAUCUGAAUAACAAAUUCACCCUUGAUAAGUUCUUAUCUUCAUUAUUAGAAAAAACUAAACGCGGGGAAAACAUAAUGGAUGACUAG